AAAUACUGUAUGAAAUUACCUUCAGGGGAGUGGCCAAUGGCUUGCAGAGCAACAUGCCCAAGUUUUAUUAUGACUACUGCGAUACAUACCUCACCCAUGACUCUCCAUCUGUGAGAAAGACACACUGCAGUGGUAGGAAACACAAAGAGAAUGUGAAAGACUACUAUCAGAAAUGGAUGGAAGAGCAGGCUCAGAGCCUGAUUGACAAAACAGUGGCUGCAUUUCAACAAGGAAAGAUACCUCCUACUCCAUUCUCUGCUCCUCCUCCUGCAGGGGCGAUGAUACCAACUCCCCCAAGUCUUCCGGGUCCUCCUCGCCCUGGUAUGAUGCCAGCACCCCAUAUGGGGGGCCCUCCCAUGAUGCCAAUGAUGGGCCCUCCUCCUCCUGGGAUGAUGCCAGUGGGACCUGCUCCUGGAAUGAGGCCACCCAUGGGAGGCCAUAUGCCAAUGAUGCCUGGGCCCCCAAUGAUGAGACCUCCUGCCCGUCCAUGAUGGUGCCCACUCUGCCUGGAAUGACUCGACCAGACAGAUAAGGACAGAGGGGAGGCCUCAUUCUGUCAGUUUUAUAUUACCUGUUCGGCUUCACCAGGAGAUCAUGCUGCUGUGAUGCUGGGUUUUCUAAACAGCAUAAGGAAGACUUGCUCCCCUGUCUGAUCAAAGAGAAUAGUUUUGGAGGGGAGAGGUGGGGCAAAAAGAUGCAGUUUUCAUUUGUAUUGGGAAAUGUGAAAAUAAAACUGUCAACUCCUUUAGUUAAAAAAAAAAAAAAAAGAAAUUACCUUCAAGCUAUUUGCAUAAGGUGUCUAGACUCAAGUUCCAUCCCCAAGGUAUCUCAUUAUGUAUAUGCAGAUACUCCAAAAUCUGAAAAAAUCUGAAAUUCGAAACACUUCUGGGCCUCAGCAUUUCAGAUGAAGGAUGCUCAGCCUGUACUGCUGUGUCUCUGCUUAUUACAGCUAUAUUUAAAAGCCGGAUAUAUAUAACUUCCAUAGUUACAGUUCUUGCCCUUAAAUUCACCUGGUAGGGCGCCCACAUUGUCUGUAAGUCUGCCAGCCCCUCCGCCUUCCCUGUCAGUGCUGUGUGCCUUCUGAAGGGGGCCCUGUCUGGGACUCUCUGUGCCUCCACUUCUGCUUGUAUGCCCCAGGUGUGCCCAAUUUUGCUCCCUGACCCCAGACCAAAUCCUGGUGAAUUACAUCUCAUGACUCCAAAUCCUGACAUUUGAAAGAGCCGCACUUCUUUACAGUUUUCCCAGAGGACAUGGGAAGAAACCAUCCACUUGUUAUAAAUGAGGCCCAGAGAUGGAGUUCUCUGCCAAGCAUGUUCCAGCUGCCCUGGGAUGGGGCAGUAGUGUGACUGCAGCUGGGAAAGGGAAGUAGUUAAGGAUUUUAAUGUCUAUAACCGAUGUAUUUUCUAGUACAUUGUUCCCA